GGGGGGCAGAAGUUUGUGCAGGAAGAAACAAUGUGCGGCAGCUUCUCAUGAAGCAGUGAAGCGACAGGAAGCGACGCCCUGUGAUGGAAAUACCUGCCAUAAAUCUAAAGGCCAUAGUCCUGGUGCACUGGCUGCUCACGGUAUGGGGCUGCAUGUCGUUGCUCCCCGUCUCCUUCGCUUGGGGGAACUUCACCGUGUUGGCCGUGGGCGUCUGGGCCAUCGCGCAGAGGGACUCCGUCGAUGCCGUGCUCAUGUUUCUGAUGGGGAUGGCCGUGACCGUGUUGACCGACAUCGUCCACUUCGGGAUCUUUUACCCGCUGCUCGAGCUCUCGAAUGAAAACCGGUUCCGCUUCAGCGCGGGGAUGGCCAUCCUGAGCCUGCUGCUCAAACCGGCGUCCUGCUUCUUCGUCUACCAGAUGUACCGCGAGCGCGGCGGAGAUUACAACGUCAACUUUGGGUUCCCCUCCGUGUCCCGAAACAGAGAGGCCUACCAGUCCAUCGACCAGCAGGACGAGUCCUCCGGGCCGGCGAACCCCUUCAACCAGGCCCAGGACACCAAGCCAGCGGCCCGCACCUACUGAGGGGCGCUGCUUUCCUCUGACCCCCCCCCCCCCCUUUAUACUUCACCUUAUGCCAAAUCAUUAACUCGGUUGGGGGUUUAGGGUGAAAUACGGUGUCGUUAAACCCAUUUACUGCUGAUGUCUGCUGAACAAAUGCAGAGGAAACACUGCUGUGUCACCGACGCUUCGCCUCCUGGUUUUUAGAGACGUGUCAUUGGAGCAGUUGUCUUUACUUUUUUUUUAGUUAUUCUUUCCAAUGCCUCUUCGCUUUUCCCGGGAGCAACAAAUGCUUCAAUCACAUGACCGGAGUGAAUGCUCGGUGGGGCCUUUACAAACUACCUGGUGCCUCGUGGUGAUAUUUGAGACGUUCGAGUGUAAAACAGAAGCAGACGCUCUGGCAGCAGGGUGAGCGAGUCUUGAGUUUCCUGGGUUUUUUUACCUGAUGACCUACGUGAUCGAACCAACCGCAUUGGAGCCAAACAGAUCUCUCGCUGCAGCCCAAAGGGGGGGGGGGAUCUUCAGUCCUGCAGGUGGCAAGUUUUGGUCCCAGAGUGCUUUGCUUUUUACGCCUUGCGACCCCCUCAGAGACCCGGAGAAUCGGUCACAUGCCCCGUGGUGGUUACGCAAUGACACACAAACCUGUUCCGUCUCUUUAAAUCAACGUCGUCACAGAGGCAGCAGCAGUUGUUUCUGGAAUUCCGUUCUUAAUAAAGUCUUGUAUUUAAAAGCCAUUCCGAAGCGUCUUACAUUAGAAAUGGUUCUCGACGUCAUGGAAUAAAAUGUCACAACUUACUGGUAAAAAUAUAGUUAAAUAACAGCCUUCAUUCCUCUAUUAAAAAAAAAAAAAGCUUUUUCUUUUCUCCUGGAAAGUGUAAAUAUACCAAACAUCUUUUUUUUUUUUGCUGUUUCAUUGGCCGUUGUAGGCAGCUGUGGUCUCGAAAAUAAAGAACUAUGCAGAACGUU